AUCACCACCACCACCGCACGGGCGGGCGGGCGGGCGAUCGAUUCGGCGAGCGCUUGCGCACACGGUCGCUUCGUGCGGCGUCGGAGACAACCCCGGCAGCCUCUCCCCCUCCCCCGCGCCGCCGCCGCGGCCAACCUCCUCCUCCAUCCGGCGCACGCCCGGCGACCGACCGGCCGGACGACCGAUCGUCGACCGCCGCCGCCGCAUCGAUUCCAAGCUCUUUCAUGGGUAGAUGGUCAGGAUCGCCAAUCGGUAGAGCCGGGGGAUGGAAUUUUCUGCCCUUCUGACUUCGGCAGGCAUAAACAUCGGCCUCUGUGCGCUCUUCCUGUCACUCUAUUCAGUCCUUAGGAAGCAGCCUCACAACUAUGGCGUCUACUUCGGGAGGCGGCUCGCCGAGGAGAAGUUCCGGCAGCAGGUCGACUACUUCUCGCUUGAGAGGCUCUUGCCUACCGCUGGAUGGAUAGUGAAAGCGUACUGGUGCACGGAAGAGGAGAUACGACGGGUUGCUGGCUUGGAUUCCGUGGUGUUCCUCCGCCUCUUCAUCUUCAGCAUACGUAUCUUCUCGAUAACUUCUCUUGUUUGCAUAUUUGGAGUGCUUCCUGUUAAUUACCAUGGGAAAGAAACGAAUCACGGACGUAUUCCAGCAGAGUCUCUCAAUGUAUUCACAAUUGCAAAUCUCAAAGAAGGAUCACGAAUGCUUUGGGUGCAUUGUGUUGCCUUAUAUGUUAUAACAAUAUCAGCUUGUAUUCUUCUAUACUAUGAGUAUAAGUAUAUAUCAAGGAAGAGAUUGGCGCAUAUUACUGGAUCACCACCUGGUCCGGGUCAUUUUUCUGUGAUUGUUCGAUCAAUACCAAAGUCAGAUAAUGAGCUACUUGAUGACACUAUCAGAAAUUUCUUUGUUAAUUAUCAUGGAUCCAGUUACUUGUCACAUCAGAUGAUCUACCGGAAAGGAAGUAUGCAGAAAUUUGUGGAUAAUGCAGAGAGGGUAUAUAGGAAAUUUGUAAGAGUUAAGAUGUCUUCAUUUGGACAGAGUAGAAGGUCUGACUUGUCCAGAUGUGGUCUUUGUGGAGUACGGGCUUCGUCGUUUCAGCAAUAUCGCAAUAAAUUCAUCAAUUCCAAGAAGCCAGACCUAAGUGAUCCAGAAGUAAUUGAAGCUCAGAAGGAUUGUCCAGGUGCUAUAGUAUUCUUCAAGACUCGCUAUGCGGCAAUUGUUGCUUCACGAAUUCUUCAAUCUUCAAAUCCUAUGCUAUGGGUGACAGAUUUUGCUCCUGAGCCAAGGGAUGUCUAUUGGUCAAACCUCUGGAUCCCCUAUAGACAGAUCUGGCUCCGGAAAAUAGCAACACUUGCAGCUAGUGUUGCCUUCAUGUUUGUUUUUAUUGUCCCCGUUGCAUUCGUCCAAAGCAUGAUGCAACUGGAUCAGAUUGAGCAGCUAUUUCCAAGCCUGAAAAACAUGUUGAAGAAGCCCUUUUUUGUCAAACUUGUAACGGGAUACCUCCCUAGCGUCGUUCUGCUGCUGUCCCUGUACACAGUUCCUCCAUUGAUGAUGUUCUUCUCUUCCAUAGAAGGAUCGAUUUCUCGCAGUGGCAGGAAAAAAAGUGCUUGCUGCAAAAUUUUGUUCUUUACCAUCUGGAACGUCUUCUUUGUCAAUGUCCUGUCAGGAUCCGUGCUAAAUCAGCUAAAUGUCUUCACUAGACCAAGGGAUAUGCCAUCUAUGCUUGCCGAACUUGUACCAAAGCAGGCAACUUUCUUCAUCACUUAUGUCCUCACAUCAGGAUGGGCAAGUCUAUGCUCCGAGAUAUUGCAAGUGUACAACUUAGUAUAUAACUUCUUCAGAAAAUGUAUAUUUUGCUACCGGGAUGAUCCAGAAUAUGGCUACUCUUUCCCUUACCAUACUGAAGUCCCGAAAGUCCUCCUGUUCAACCUGCUUGGCUUCACAUUUUCGAUAAUGGCACCUCUCAUACUGCCCUUCUUGCUAGUCUACUUUUGCCUCGGCUACCUAGUGUAUCGCAAUCAGAUCCUAAAUGUCUACUACCCAAAGUACGAAAUGGGAGGGAAACUGUGGCCAAUCAUGCACAGCACCUUGGUUUUCGCCCUGGUUUUGACACAGACCAUAGCUCUUGGAGUGUUCACCAUAAAGCACGCUACUAUAUCUUCAGGGUUCACCGUCCUACUAAUCAUCGGGACAGUCCUCUUCCAUCAGUAUUGCAGACACCGGUUUUCAAGCAUAUUCAACUCCUUUUCUGCCCAGGAUCUGAUAGAGAUGGACAGAGACGAUGAACAAUCCGGGAGGAUGGAGGAGAUCCACAAGCACCUUCUGGACGCCUACUCCCAAGGCACCACCAACAUGGACAACUCCAGUUCUUCCAGGAAUGGAGGGGCUCCAAUCGAAAUGAUCAUGGAAGACCCUGCGCAGGAUGCACAGGAUUCUAACCAAGAACUCUGUGACGCCGUGAAGGAAGUGACUGGGUCGAUUCAGGAACAUGCCGACGAGAUGUGACAACUCUGCUAGUAUAUAUUGUUCCGUGUCUUGUUUGAUUCCAUUUGUAAUCUACCAUUCGCUCUGAUGAUGUGUGUAGCUUCGUUAUAUGCUUAUACUUAGGCCAAGUAGCUGCUUGAUUAAUCCGGAGAAAGCUCCUUGAAUGGUUUAAGGGGGGGAACUAACUGUGCAGAUUACCCGAAGUCUCUCCCUGUCUCACUUUACCACCACGGAUGAUGUGCAUGACACAGAUUCGUAGCAUGGGCAUCGAGCUCGUGGAUCAACUUGCUUUACCUUGCAAAUUUGUGUACUUUGAAAAAUUGGAAUAUAUAACUGUAUAUCCAACUUUAUGUGCUGCCCCAA